CACCCACUCACUCACUCAGUGGCUCGCCUGCUCAGUGAAUCAGCAGCAGCAGCAGCACGCCGGCUUCCUGUGUUUGUGCGGACUCAAGUCUGCCACCUGGACAUGGACUAAGCGCCUCUCCGCCUUCUGCGUAUUUUUGUGGCCGUUUUUCCAGCCUGUAGAGCGGCCGCAGAUGUAGAAGUCUAGCCUGGAGUCUGGACUCAGAGUGAAGAUCAGCCUCGCCGAGCGCGUUUUCUGUUUUUUAGCGAAAAGAUGGCGAACGAUUCUCCGGCUAAAAGUCUAGUGGAUAUAGACCUCUCUUCACUGCGGGACCCAGCCGGGAUAUUUGAAUUAGUGGAAGUGGUUGGAAAUGGCACGUACGGACAAGUCUACAAGGGCCGACAUGUCAAAACAGGACAGCUCGCGGCCAUCAAGGUCAUGGACGUCACGGAGGAUGAAGAGGAAGAGAUAAAGCUGGAGAUCAACAUGCUGAAAAAGUACUCGCACCACAGAAACAUCGCCACCUACUACGGUGCGUUCAUUAAAAAGAGCCCCCCAGGACACGAUGACCAGCUCUGGCUGGUGAUGGAGUUUUGUGGAGCUGGCUCCAUCACAGAUCUUGUGAAGAACACUAAAGGAAACAAGCUGAAGGAGGACCAGAUUGCUUACAUCUCCAGAGAGAUCCUGCGGGGACUGGCCCACUUGCAUGCCCACCACGUCAUCCACCGUGACAUCAAAGGUCAAAACGUCUUGCUGACCGAGAACGCCGAGGUCAAGCUAGUCGACUUUGGUGUGAGUGCCCAGUUGGACCGGACAGUUGGCAGACGAAACACUUUUAUUGGCACACCUUACUGGAUGGCUCCUGAGGUCAUUGCCUGCGAUGAAAACCCUGAUGCCACAUACGAUUACAGGAGUGACCUGUGGUCUUGCGGUAUUACUGCUAUUGAAAUGGCGGAGGGCGCUCCACCACUCUGCGACAUGCACCCGAUGCGCGCACUUUUCCUUAUCCCCAGGAACCCGCCUCCCAGGCUGAAGUCAAAAACCUGGUCCAAGAAGUUUUUCAGCUUCAUUGAAAGCUGCUUGGUGAAGAACUACACCCAGCGACCUCCCACAGAUCAGCUCCUGAAGCACCCGUUCAUCAGAGACCAGCCCAACGAGAGGCAGGUCCGCAUCCAGCUUAAAGACCAGAUCGACCGCACCCGCAAGAAGAGAGGAGAGAAAGAUGAGACGGAGUACGAGUACAGCGGAAGUGAGGAAGAGGAGGAGGAAGCUCCGGAGCAGGAGGGAGAGCCCAGCUCCAUUGUGAACGUGCCCGGAGAGUCGACGCUUCGUCGAGACUUCAUCCGUCUGCAGCAGGAGAACAAGGAGCGCUCUGAAGCUCUGAGGAGGCAGCAGCUCCUGCAGGAGCAGCAGCUUCGCGAACAGGAGGAGUACAAGCGCCAGCUGCUGGCUGAGCGCCAGAAACGUAUUGAGCAGCAGAAGGAGCAGAGGAGGAGGCUGGAGGAGCAACAGCGCCGCGAGCGAGAGAUGAGGAGGCAGCAGGAGCGAGAGCAGAGGCGACGGGAGCAGGAGGAGAAGAGGAGGAUGGAGGAGAUGGAGCGACGCCGCAAAGAGGAGGAGGAGCGCAGGAGGGCCGAGGAGGAGAAGAGGAGGAACGAUCGUGAGCAGGAGUAUAUCCGUCGUCAGCUGGAGGAGGAGCAGAGGCAUCUCGAAAUACUGCAGCAGCAGCUUCUUCAUGAGCAGGCCAUAUUAUUGGAGUUCAAAUGGCGGGAGCUGGAGGAGCAGCGGAAAGCAGAACGUCUACAGAGGCAGCUCCAGCAGGAGCAGGCCUACCUACUUUCCCUCCAACAGGACCCCAAACAGCAGAGCCAAGCCCCUGCACCCCACCCCGAAUGGGCCAAGUUACCCCAGGCUCGCCCCUUAGAAGGGCCAGAAACCCCACUUUACGCUAACGCUGCUGAAUUUAGAGCCACGCCCAAAACUGAUCCUCCACUUGUUACUGAGGGUGUUAGAGGUGUAAAUCCAGAUGCAGGUCAGGUUAAGCCUGUAGAUAGGAAUAAACCCCUACCUGAACAGCCCAGAGACCAGACAGAACCUGCUUUAGCAGAUGCUAGCCCAGUAGUCACACAGCCAGUGGGCAGGACUAGCCCUCUAUCAGAGGGGGCUGAGGAUCCCCUCGUGCAGUCAACUGCGACAACCAGUGGUCCAGUCUCUGAAGCCCAGCCUGUCAGAGAGGCUGAUGAAAGACACCGCAAGAACAUUCAGGGUUCCCCUCAGACUGCUCCACCCAAGCAGCCCCCCAUACCUCCCCGCUCUUCUGAACCGUACUCUAAUGGCAACUCCGCCUCGGAGUCUUCAGGCAUGCAUAAGCCUAUGGAGCCACAGGUCCAGUGGUCUCACCUGGCCGCUCUAAAGAGCAACGCAUCCGCUCCCCACGUGUCUCGCUCCCAUUCCUUCAGCGACCCCGCUCCUAGUUUUGCACAUCUCCAUCUCCGCUCUCAGGAGCCCCACCAGCACCACCACCCAGCGCAUCCCUCACGCCCCGAGCACCUGCAGUCCCAUUCGCAGAACAACAAGGCCCCUGAGACGGGCCAUAAUGACGAGGUCCCCCCCAGGGUUCCAGUGAGGACAACAUCCAGGUCUCCAGUGCUGUCCCGUCGAGAUUCUCCACUUCAGAAUGUCCAGCAAAGCAACCAAGCUGGACAGAGGAAUGCUGGAAGUACUGCAGAGCCGCGCCUUUUGUGGGACCGAGUGGAGAAGCUGGCCUCCAGACCAGGCAGUGGAAGCUCCUCUGGUUCCAGCAACUCCAGCUCUCAGGCUAGCUCUCAGAGCGGCUCAGGAGAGAAGUUCAGAGUCCGUUCUUCAUCUAAAUCUGAAGGUUCUCCACUUCAACGCUCAGAUAAUACUGGGAAAAAACUGGAGGAGAAGAAAGACUUUGUCCGACCGUCCCGACCUGCUGAUCUUACUCUAUUGGCCGGAGAACAGCGUCCAAAUGAAGAUGCUCGCCCACCUCACAAGGUGACGGACUACUCAUCGUCUAGUGAGGAUUCAGAUUCAGAAGAUGACGAUGAGGUGGAGCAGGAGCUCGGCAAUGAGUCAACCUCUGGCGCGGAGGACUCUAGGAACUCCGCAAAAAUGAGCAAUGGAGAGACUGAGUCUGUAAAGACCAUGAUUGUUCACGAUGAAGCUGAAAGCGACCCGGCCACCACACCUUCAAAAGAUGGCACUUUAAUUGUCCGACAGAGUGUAGCUGAGAUAAAGCGAUUGGGUCCUGGGCCUGGUCCCGGGCCUGGUCCCGGUCAUGGCCCUGUUCUGGGCCCCACUCAUGCCCUCGGCCACCUGGAGCGAAAUGGCAUUGCAGGCCGUAUUCAUCUCUUGCCCGAUCUCAUCCAACAGAGCCAUCAUUCCCCCUCCCCCUCGGUCACCUCUUCCCCUGCCUCCAGCCACGCUAGCCCCUCCUCCAUGUCCCCCCAAAACCUCUUGGACAAGCUGCUUGCCAGCGAGACACAGUCUGCCAGUAAUACUCUUCAGAAACACAAGUCGUCUUCAUCCUUCACUCCGUUUAUUGACCCGCGCCUCCUACAGAUCUCUCCCUCCGGUGGCACUUCUCUCAACAACAUGGCCUUUGGGAAUGACGGGCGGAUUCAGGAGGUCUUGAGGCCAGAUGCUUCGAGAAAGGGCUCGGUGGUUAAUGUGAACCCAGUGAACACUCGCCCACAGAGCGACACGCCCGAGAUCCGCAAAUACAAGAAGAGGUUCAAUUCUGAGAUCCUGUGCGCCGCACUCUGGGGGGUGAAUCUGUUGGUUGGGACAGAAAGUGGACUUAUGCUUCUUGACCGCAGUGGACAGGGCAAGGUCUACCCGCUCAUCAGCCGGCGUCGCUUCCAACAAAUGGAUGUUCUGGAAGGCCUUAAUGUCCUCGUCACAAUAUCAGGAAAGAAGAACAAACUGCGAGUCUAUUAUCUGUCCUGGCUGAGGAACAAGAUUCUGCACAAUGACCCAGAGGUGGAGAAGAAACAGGGCUGGACCACAGUGGGCGAGCUGGAGGGCUGUGUGCACUACAAAGUCGUGAAAUAUGAAAGGAUCAAGUUCUUGGUUCUCGCCUUGAAAAACUCAGUGGAGGUCUAUGCAUGGGCACCCAAACCGUACCACAAAUUCAUGGCAUUCAAGUCAUUUGGAGACCUGGCUCACAAGCCCUUGCUCGUUGACUUGACAGUAGAGGAGGGUCAAAGACUAAAGGUGAUCUAUGGCUCCUGCUCUGGGUUCCAUGCCGUGGAUGUGGAUUCAGGGGCUGUUUAUGACAUCUACUUGCCCACACAUAUUCAGACUAGCAUCCAGUCACAUGCCAUCAUCAUUCUUCCCAACACUGAUGGCAUCGAGUUGCUGGUGUGCUAUGAGGAUGAAGGUGUCUAUGUGAACACAUAUGGCCGAAUCACCAAAGACGUGGUGCUUCAAUGGGGAGAGAUGCCUACCUCCGUGGCAUACAUCAGGUCUAAUCAGAUCAUGGGCUGGGGAGAGAAGGCCAUAGAGAUCCGCUCUGUGGAGACGGGUCAUCUGGAUGGUGUCUUCAUGCACAAGAGGGCACAAAGACUCAAAUUCCUCUGUGAGAGAAAUGACAAGGUGUUUUUUGCUUCUGUACGCCAAGGAGGUUCCAGCCAGGUGUACUUCAUGACUCUCGGCCGCACCAACCUGCUCAGCUGGUAAAGCUGCUGGGCCUCCAGUUUUGACUACAACAACUAAAAAAGACUGUUCCUGAAAAUGCUGAAGAAAUGGUGAUGGAAAAUAAAAUCUCUACCUUGAGCUGACAUUUCUUCUUAGGUCAUGUGCUCCACUGUGCGCACCAGCUCUGUGCUAGUGUGAUUUCCCUCGCUGUGUCCUGGCCCUGAGAGGACGGACAGUCGAGCACAAAAAUAAGAGAACGGAAUUUGUCAAAGGGAGCAGCAGCAGUGCCCCCUGCUGCUGAAGGGCCUGUGGAUGUUGCUGUGCAGUUUUGUGGUGUUCAGUCUACAGCAUUACUCACCGCUCAUCCAACUCCAGAUAUUCUAUGGCGAUUAAUUCCCACCCUGUUGUAAAAACACAGGGUUUCCUUUUUUUUCCUCUAUUUUGAAACAUCAAGGGAUAUAAAACCCCGAACAUAAUAAUCUCUAGUUUAUGUCGAUGUAUUUGUACCAAACUUUGAUUGGCGAAAAAACAGAUCAACAGCCUCUGACUGCUUGACUGACUGUGUGUGUACCAUCUCUCCUUUUUCCAGACUAGAGGGAAUUCAGGGUUGGGGGUUGGAAUGGCAGCCAGUGCCAGAAAAGGCUUGGGCUUUUUUUUUUUUUUUUCUUCUGUGAAUUUUGUCAACUGCCAAAACAUCGGAGUCAUACUGUAUUAUUGUGGUAGUCCAGGUUACUUUGAGGAUUAAUAUUUUCAGGAUUUUUAACAACAUUGACUUUAGUGUGUUGAAAUUUUAUGCUGAUGAAAUUGCAGCAUUGUUCAUAUACAGUACAUUGAGUGUUUUUAUUUUUUAAGCGUUGCACUUGAUAAAUAAAUUCUUAGUUUCCUUCUCAA